GGCUACUGAGGACGUGGCUUUUGGCUCACCGGCCUCUUCCUCUUCCGCAGCGGGCUGAAGCCUGCUGCGGGCCGUCAUUCACCUUUCGCUCAUCCGGCUGAGUCCGUGGAGGAUGAGGAGGCCCCACGGCGGCGGAGGUGGCGACGGUGGCGGCUGAGGAGGCCGGGCGUGAGAGCCGGCAAUGGAAGAAAAGUUCAGCGGGAGCAGCAGCGAGGCCCUGGCCAGAGGCGGGCGGCUGGGGCCUGUGGAUGUGCCCAGCGCCCGCCUGACUAAAUAUAUAGUGUUACUAUGUUUAACUAAAUUUUUGAAGGCUCUAGGAUUGUUUGAAUCCUAUGAUCUCUUGAAAGUAGUUCAUCUUGUACAAUUUAUCUUCAUUGUAAAACUUGGAUCUGCAUUUUUUAUGAUUUUGAUUCAAAAACCAUUUUCUUCUGGAAAACCAGUAACUAAGCAUCAGUGGAUCAAAAUAAUUAAACAUGCUGUUGUUGGUUGUAUAAUAUCAUUCUUGUGGUUUUUUGGCCUCACUCUGUGUGGACCACUAAGAACUGUGUUGAUUUUUGAACAUAGUGAUAUAGUUGUCAUUACAUUACUCAGUGUCCUGUUCACUAGUUCCAAAGGAGGGCCAACAAAGACUAGAGGUGUGGCAUUUUUUAUAAUUGCUGUGGUCUGCCUACUGCUUUUUGAUAAUGAUGAUCUCAUGGCUAAAAUUGCAGAACACCCUGAAGGACAUCAUGACAGUGCUCUAACCCAUAUGCUUUAUACAGUCAUCACUUUCUUAGGAGUUGCAGAUCAUAAGGGUGGAGUAAUCUUGCUUGUAUUAGCAUUGUGUUGUAAAGUUGGAUUUCAUACAGCUUCCCGAAAACUCUCAGUAGAUAUUGGUGGAGCCAAACGCCUUCAAUCAUUAUCACAUCUUGUUUCAGUUCUCCUUCUGUGCCCUUGGGUGAUUGUUUUGUCUCUGACAACAGAGAACAAAGUAGAAUCAUGGCCUUCCCUUAUCAUGCCAUUUUUAAGUAUAAUCUUUUUCGUCAUAAUUUUGGACUUCUAUGUAGAAUCUGUGUGUUUUGUCAAGAUGGAAGUAUCAAAAUGUGCCCGUUACGGAUCCUUUCCCAUUUUCAUUAGUGCUUUAAUUUUUGGUAAUUUUUGGACACAUCCAAUAACAAACCAGCUUCGUGCUAUGAACAAACCAGCACACCAGGAAACUACAGAGCAUGUCAUAUCUGGAGGAGUGGUGGUCAGUGCCAUUUUCUUUAUAUUAUCUGCCAAUAUUCUUUCGUCCCCAACACGGAAAGGGCAGAAAGGCACUCUUAUUGGUUAUUCACCAGAAGGAAUACCGCUAUACAAUUUUAUGGGCGAUGCUUUACAACACAGCUCUCAGUCCUUGCCUCGAUUUAUUAAAGAAUCAUUGAAGCAAAUUCUUGAGGAGUCUGAUUCAAGGCAGAUCUUUUAUUUUCUAUGCCUAAAUCUGGCUUUUACAUUUAUAGAAUUAUUUUAUGGUGUAUGGACCAAUAGUCUAGGAUUAAUUUCAGAUGGGUUUCACAUGCUUUUUGACUGUUCAGCUUUAGUUAUGGGUCUCUUUGCAGCGCUGAUGACUAGAUGGAAAGCAACCCGUAUAUUCUCCUAUGGGUUUGGCCGUGUGGAAAUUCUCUCAGGUUUUAUUAACGGCCUUUUUCUCAUGGUAAUAGCUUUCUUUGUCUUUAUUGAGUCGGUGGCCAGACUGGUUGAUCCUCCAGAUAUAGAUACAAAUAUGUUGACACCUGUUUCAGUUGGAGGACUGAUAGUAAACCUUGUUGGUAUCUGUGCCUUUAGCCAUGCCCAUUCCCAUGGACCUUCUCGAGGAGGAUGCCAUGCGCAUGAGCACAGUCAUUCCCAUCACAGCCAUGGUCAUGGCCAUUCACACAAUGACUAUGGGCACACUCAUAAUCAUGGACACGGGCAUGGAUCGUUAGGAGGCAACAUGAAUACCAAUAUGAGAGGAGUGUUUCUACAUGUCUUGGCAGAUACUCUUGGCAGUGUUGGUGUUAUCAUAUCAACAAUUCUCAUUCAACAGUUUGGAUGGUUGAUAGCUGAUCCACUCUGUUCUCUAUUUAUUGCUACAUUGAUUUUUCUCAGUGUUAUCCCUCUGCUAAAAGAUGCUUGCCAGGUACUCUUGUUGAGACUGCCUCAAGAACAUGAAAAAGAUCUGCACAUGGCUUUAGAAAAGAUCCAGAACAUAGAUGGUGUCAUCUCCUAUAGAGAUCCUCACUUCUGGUGUCACUCUGCUAAUGUAGUGGCAGGCACAAUACAUGUACAAGUAAUGUCAGAAGUAAUGGAACAGAGAAUUAUACAGCAGGUAUCAGCUGUUCUCAAAGAUGUUGGUGUUAACAAUUUGACUAUCCAGGUGGAAAAAGAAGCUUAUUUUCAGCAUAUGUCUGGCCUUAGUACAGGGUUCCACGAUGUCCUUGCAAUGACAAAACAAAUGGAAUCCAUGAAGUACUACAAAGAUGGUACUUACAUCAUGUAAUUUGGAGUUCACAUCUGUCGAUUUCACUAUCUUCAUUAUUUCAUCAAGAGAAUUUGCACAUAGAUGGAUUUAUAAUCCAUAUAUAUAUAUGGAUUUUAAACAAACUGUUAUAUACCUUUAAAGCAGAUCAAGAGGUUUAUAAAAAAUGUGGGACAUUUAGAACAUAUUCUGUAUAUGUGGAAAUAAUGGCAAUGUAAAAUAUUGUAUUUGGUGUCUUAUUAAACUGAUUUUGGUAUAUGAAUGUGGAUGAGCACAAAUGUAUUGUACACUUUCCCCAAAGAGGAAUAAUGAAAAAUUCUUUCCAUUGCAACCUAAAAUUGUUUUCAUAAGCUUUGAAAAGGAAAUUAGCAGACUCCAUAAAAAAUAGUCUUCAAAAUUAUUUUGAAGCUUUGCUGCUUUAUGUGUAUUUUUACACAUUAAAUGCAAAUAUUUUUAAGAACAUUAAAUACAAAUGUACAUUUUUAUAUUCCAUUUCUGUAUACAAUCCUGUUUUCUAAGGGUGGCUUUUUUAGAUGAAGGAAAAUAGAUUCUGCUAUAGAAAUACUGUCAGGUGAAUUAAUUUUUUUUUAGAAGAAAAAAAACCCUGGUAACCACAAAUCAGGGAGGGAAACACUUUUGUGUUUUUUUUUUUGUUUUUGCACUUCUGUGUUCUUUCGUUUGAACCACUGUAAAAUAAAUACUUUAUAAUUUUUAUAAA